AUGUCCCCUUCUCUCUGUGCCGUACCAGAUGUUCUCUCCAUCAACAGGAUACUACGCUCUUCCUUUACUUAUCCGGAUCUCCUCUUAGCAAUCAACGAUCUGGUCUCAGGUCAAGGAUACAGAUACGUCACAGCACGUAGGCCUGCCAAGUCAAAUCCAGUGUUCACCAUUCAAUGUGACCAUCAUGGCCAAAAGACCCCUUCUUAUGCUUUCAAAUCGGAUUGUAAACAUCAAAUCACCUUCAAAUCUGAACAUCCUCCUUUUAUCCAGCCCAAGUCAUUCUGGAAAAUUGAUUGGGAUCUAACAUCCGGCGAUCCUGGUAUCAGAAACGGUAAUCUGAUAACCCAUAAUCAUGGUCCAAAGAGUGCUAUUUCUGCAGGUAAAGGGAAAGGGAAAUCCAAGAGAAGAACGAAAAGGAAAGAUGAAUAUGAGACAGAAACGGACUUAGAUGGAUGGGAUGAGGAAGAAGAGCGAUACGAACUUCGUUCGGAGACGGAAUGGACCCCCUCUCGCUCCACUUCAUUAUCUUCUACUUCCACUGCGACACUUCACAGACCCAGUCCUUCCUCUACCGCUUCCACUUCUCGCUCACAAUCAUCUAUGAGAACCCGAAGCUCUUUCAGAGCGAAAGCGAAAGGUCCGAAUACCAUGCCAGGACAGGUUGCUAUCGUUGAAGACUACGAUGAGCUGAUAGGAGCCGAAGCCAAGAGUCAAACCAAUACCAGCUCUUCUUCCUCAGCACAGAAGAGCGAUACUUCCAUCAACUCCGCUUCGACUAGCUGUCAAGGAAGUUCAUCAAAGUCCCCUGCAAGUCUAAUCUCUACUGACAAUAAUGGUACUUCUCCUUCACUCAAAGAUAGUACUUCUACUUCAUCUCAAGAUACGGCCAAACCCACUGACAGAGUGAAUCUUGCUCAUCCUCCCCUUUCAAAUGCAAGUCAGACCGGACCUUCAAGCUCUUCAAAUGAUUCGAAAACAUUUACCCCCACACUUACUAACGAUGCUAACCAUGAACGGAUCUGCGAGAUUACAAGACUUCGCGAAGAGAAUGGACAACUCAAGAUCGAAAUCCAAGUGUUGACUACGAAAUGCAAAGAAGCGGAAGAAGGUCAAACACGCCUGAAGACUCUUCUUUCACAAGAAGAGAGAGCGAGGAGGGAAGCUCAAGAGCAAAGCAGGAAAUUGCAAUCAACGAUCAAAGAGCUCAAGGCACAGAUCAUACAAUUGAAAGACGACCUCUAUGCCGAACGAUUUCAGAAGAACGCUUUAAAGAGCGAUAUAAAAGAGUUGGAAGAGCGAGUCACGAUACUGGGCGGUCGACUCAAGACUGAAAAAUCAGAAACAGCGAUACUGAAAGCGGAUUAUCGAAAGAAGGAAGAAGAGAAUGAUUUACUGACGAGAAACAACAAAUUGCUGAUUGAGAAGAUGGAAUCUGAAAAAGGUAGAUAUAAUGAUAUUCGACUUCAGGUCCAGCUCAAUGAUAGGCAGACCCUACAAAAAGAUUUACAAGAAUCAAGAGCUGAAAAUGACAAAUUGAAAGUAGGAUAUGAUGAAUUGAAAGUUGAAAAGGAAGAAUUACGAUCGAAGAACGAAAAGCUGGAAAAGGAGAAGGAAGACUUAAAAACUGCGAAUGACGAUAUCAAACGAAGUCAUCGAGCUAAAAAGCAGUUGGAAGAGCUCACGAAAGCAAAAGCGGAGAGAUUAAGAAAACGGCAAGAGGAAGAAAGUAAAAGAGCUGAAGAGGAGUUGAAGAGAAAACGAGCUGAUGAAAUCGAAGAGGAAGAGGAGGAGAGGACAAAGAAAAUAUUACUAGAGGAUAUCAGGAAAGGGGAAGAUAGGUGUAAGGAGUAA